AUGUUAAUCCAGCUAUUCCGAUUGUCAUUCGCCCUGCAAUCGCUUGCGCUGGAAUCCUCGUUUGGCUUUAGUGGCUCGAAACGAAUUGCAGUACACAAUUUGGUGGCCAAAUAUUUGAAUUUCAGCAGCCAGCUGAUGGCAAUACCAUCGCUCUGUCAACAUGUCCAGCAGAUUGUGAAGCAACGAGCGCUACGCGGUCAUCCGUCCCUGAACCUUCUUCCGGAAGCGCAGUCUAGCAGAAAUAAGGAUCCGAAUAUGGCGCCACUUGCUUAUGCCGAAGAUGAGGAACAGGCAGCACUUUGUCUGGAAGAGGACGCGACAGUCCUUUUCGACAUCGACGACGUUAGCGAAAUGCUCAAGACCACUGGUAAAGAUGUGAAAAACUUGGCUGUACCAUUUGUUUCGAAAGGCGCAGCACUGGCAUCGUCAAUAUCGGGCGACAUGCUGCCGGGUGACUGGACGUUCAGAGGACGUGAUAAAGGAGAUUAUACGGAUGGGACCGAGACAAGUGGAAUAGACGAGAAUACAGUCUCGCUGGAUAUGAGCAUCGACUGGAGUCCACCGGAAUCCAUACAGACUUCCCGAAAGAAUACAAUAUUCCUACCUGCACGUGAAAUUGAUAUUAACGAAGAAGAAAAGAGAGAGCAGAAACGGACACAGGAAAUUCUGAAGAAGUUCCGGACGCAAGACUUCAAUAAACUGGUUGAGGAGAUGCAUCAGGAGCGCGAGGAAGUGGAUCUCUCACGAACGGUAAAACGAUUGCUGCAACGAAACGAUGACGCCAAUCGCAUUAACGAAUACGGGUAUCGCUACAAACCAAAGAAUAUCUUCGAGCUCAAAUUGCCCGAAUCCUUUGUUUUUUAG